ACGCUUAUAAAAUAGAUCAGUAGGCGACCAUGAGAUUCGAACAAUUCCAAAUUUCAUUUUUCGUCCAAACUGUCAUUGAUAAACUUUUAAACAGCGGCAGCACAGCUUCUAAACACCAAUUGAUCCUGUGCCGUACCCUAGACUUAGCCAUUAAAACCGAGCAGCUACAGGCGAUAACGAUGCUUCCGCCAAAUAUUGUUGCAAAGAUCGACGAACUGAGGAAAAUUCAGGUAGACUUGCUGAACAAGGAAGCGGAGUUCCACAAGCAGGUACAUUCGAUGGAAACCGAAUUUCAAAAGACUUUGCUAGACAUGUUCGACAAGAGACGUCAAAUUAUCAAUGGUACCUAUUUGCCUACCCAAGAGGACACGUUGAAACCGGAAGACAACGAAAUCAACCCGGAGGAGCAGGUCAAGGGGAUCCCUGAGUUCUGGCUGAACGUUUUCAAAAUGGCUCCUAUUUUGCAUGGUCUUAUCCAUCCACUCGACGAAGAUGCGCUGAAGCAUCUGGUGGACGUUCGAGCGGUCAUGAUCAAUCUACCUAAAGCUGGAUUCGUGCUGGAGUUUGAGUUUGAAGCAAACGAUAAUUUCAAUAACAAUGUGCUCACCAAGCGGUACGAGAUGGAGUGCGCUCCAGAUGCCGAGAAGCUGGUAUCGUUUAAUGGAUUCGAAAUAAUCGAUUCUGUCGGAUGCGAUAUUGACUGGAAAGAGGGUGCAAAUUUAACUGUCUCCAUUGAGAAUGGGACUGAGCGUGCCGCAGACUCGUUUUUCAAUUUCUUCCGCCCGAAGAAGCUAGCAGCAAAUGUGGAUCCGGUAACGUAUAAACAGUUCAUGGAGUACGAUUUCGAAAUUGGCUAUUUCAUAAAGGAACGGAUCGUACCACGGGCGGUUUUGUUCUACAGUGGAGACGUUGCUAAUGCGGAAGAUGAUUCGUUGGAAUACGAUCUGGAAACAAUGCCUAAUAGUGGCUAGUUAACAAUAAAUUUUCAGUAAUCA